AUGAAUAGCCAAAGUGUAAUCUAUUCAGACCUGAAGCAUGCAAAGAACUCAACAAGACAGCAAAGAAAACCUGAAGACACUGAAAGAUCCAUUUCAGUAGCCAACCAAGAAAUAACCUAUUCAGAAUUUGACUUUCAAAAUGCUUCUCAGGCUCUUCAGGGGAGUGACAAGACAUACCGCUGCAAAGGCUCACCAGGACCCUCUGAGAAACGCUUUGCAGGGAUCUUGGGUAUUAUUUGCUUUGUCUUGAUACACAUCAUUGCAGCAGUGGUCAUUAUUAGGUCCUAUGCUGAAACACCAAAGGCAAAAAAUUCAUCCCUAACAAUGACCUCAAAAGCAUAUUCUUGUGGCCUUUGCCCAAAAGACUGGAUAACAUACUCCAACAACUGCUAUCACAUCAGUAAUGAAAAAAAACCCUGGAACGAGACCAUGACAGCCUGUACUUCUAAGAACUCUCACCUGCUCUGCAUGGAUAAUCAGGAAGAUGGGACUUGUACGGCCCUUCUGUCCCUUUCCUGUGGGUCCCCACCAGACAGUACCAUGGACUUGGGUAACCAGACCCCCACUAGAGCAUGCAUGACUUCCUGGCUGACAGCAGCAAAGGGUAAUGUGUCCAAUAUUGAAGACCAUUUUAAGAAAUACUUAUUCGGUCAAUAUCAGGAAACACCUGAACACAGCUCUGAGACUUUUACAUCGUGCAAUUGCAUCAGAGUCAGAAGCUCCUGCCACACUCCACCCCAUUGGCUGCACGAGGGAUCUUGUCAUCAUGUGCACUAUUAA